UAUGUCACAAUCUGCGAGAGCGUUCAACGAUACAGACGUCGCCCAUAACAACUCAACAGUGGCAAAAUGGCGGCGCUCAGUAUGGGAGCGUUUGGCGCUUACAAACAUGCGUAUAGUAAAUAUGUGCAGGAUUUAGAACAACGCGAACGAGAAAUUUUAAACGGAGAAGAGGAGGCUCCCGAAGUUGAAACUGUUUGGAUAACUAAAAGAUAUGCUCCAACCGACUUACGCUUAAGCGCUCCAGUUCCCCGCCACAAGCUCUUGGCGCCAAGGCAAUUGCCCGUGCCAGAGCGUCACUGGAUGCCAGCCGGAGACCCUCCACUGAGAAGUUUUGAGAGGAGCACCUCGGCUUUAAUCUACAGAUCUCACCAGUCGACGAGAUGUGAGGAUUACUCAACUCUUCGACAAAUGCUCCCCUCUGAAGGAAGUGUCAGAAAAAUUAAUCCCCCAAGCUGGGGAACCAGUUACUCCCUGCCUCCAUUAUGUAUUGAUAGACCGGCCAAAAGAUUUCCGUUAGUGAACAGCCCUAUGACCAGAUACGUUGAUGACAUGCACCUGACCAACCGACUCUUCAAGCUCCACUAGCGCCCUCUACAGUCAGCCUCGAUUCCAUUUUUUUGUCAUUUGCGUGCUGCAAUCAAAUUUGUGUGUGUUCAUUUUCUUUCAUAUACGUAUUCGUAAAAACUGAGUACUAUUUGUAAACAUUCUUGUUUGUGUGUUUACUUUCUUAGAAAUGUAGCAUUGCUCAAAAUGUAUGUGCACUAGAAAAACAUAUUUAUUUUAAACAUUUUUUUAUUCUAAAUGUAUGUGUAUAAGAAAUUGCGCUAUCUUUUCAUAUUUGUUUAAUUAUGAUUUAUGUCAGUUAAAGAGUUAAAGAAGCAGAAAUUGGAAAUGCGUUUUUUUUCUUGUGAAUAUGUUAAUUAUUUAUGUAAACAUCAAUUUAUGACUAGGUCUUAUUUUGAUGAAUAUUAUAAAUCGAAUAAGUGAAAACUAUAUUUUUAACUAUAAAAUUUGUCUUCGAAACAUAAUAAUACUGUUUAAAUAUUUCUGUACAAACUAAUUGUCAGAAGGCUUUUUUAAUCCGGAAAGCAAACUCAUCACAGUGAUUACUUCCCUUGGCAGAUUGUACUGAAAAGGGGAGAUCACUGCGUAGGAGAUUGUCCGGAAAAAAUAUAAAAUAAGAAUAAUAUGGAAUAUAUGUCUGUAGAUAGUUAGUGUACAUUUGGAAUUUUUAGAGAGAAAGAUAUGUUGUAAAUUCACAUAAAAUGUGACUUUCUACUUCAGAAAACCCCCGUAUUUAAAAAAAUAUCUAUAUAUAGAUUAUGUAAAAAUUCAUAUUUUAAAUGUCCUCUUUAGUCGCAUUAUCAGUAUUAGAAAAUAUUUCCCAAUGUUAAAAUAGGGUAAAUCUGUUGUUAAACACUAUAUAUUUUAGUAUUAAACAAACGCUUUAUUUAUUAUUUGUUAUACCGAGCAGUAUUAUUAUAUAGUAAAUAAAGAAAUACAUAUUGUUACAA